AUGAAUGCUCUGUUUUCUACCCAGAAACCCGCUCUUCACCUGGCUCAUCUACAUCCCUCCAAGCCAUCAUCAAUUCCAUCCUCUCCCUUCCUUCGUCCCCAUAAACCCACCAGCAACAAUCCAUGGAAGCUCAACGCAAACGCCAAGGGCUUCGGCGGCGGCGCCCGAGCACCACCACCACCACCAGCUCCAAUCAACCCACCAGCUAAAGAAUCCCCCUCCGGCGGAGGAAAGAAGAACAAAAACAACAACGAAAGCGACGAGAUUCCGCAGGAAGUGUUCGAGAGAAUGACGGCGAGGAUAUUCGUCUCCGUUGGGAUACCGAUGGGGCUAGGGAUCGGUUUGCUGUACCUGAUUGGGUUUGUCAAAGAGCGGAAUCUGAUGGAUUUGCCCUUGUGGGUGCCCUUCAUGACGACUCUCCUCACUUUCACGGCGUCAAUCCUCGGGAUUGCGUACGGUGGGCUCUCCACCAGCUUGGAUCCGAACCGGAAAGGGUCGUUGCUGGGUUUGGAGGAAGCUCGGGAGCAUUGGGAGGAGAUGUGGCAAGAGGAAACAGAAGAAGAAAAGAAGGAAUGA